GACUGUCUUCCGGUGUUCAGUGGUGGCUGUAGUCGGCGAUCUGACAGAAUGAGUACUAUGUUUGCAGACACGGUGCUGAUCGUCUUCAUCUCUGUGUGCACCGCGCUCCUCGCCGAGGGUAUAACAUGGGUGUUAGUUUACAGAACGGACAAGUACAAGAGAUUAAAAGCUGAAGUUGAGAAGCAAAGUAAAAAAAUUGGAAAAGAAAAAGGAAGCUAUAACAGAAUCUGCUGGACGCACACAAAAGAAAAAAAUAGAACGUCAGGAAGAGAAGCUGAAAAAUAAUAACCGUGAUCUAUCCAUGGUCCGCAUGAAGUCCAUGUUUGCCAUUGGAUUUUGUUUCACAGCUUUGAUGGGAAUGUUCAACUCCAUUUUUGAUGGACGGGUUGUAGCAAAGUUGCCCUUUGUCCCUCUUUCCUAUAUUCAAGGAUUGUCUCACAGAAAUUUGCUGGGGGAUGAUUAUACAGACUGUUCAUUUAUAUUCCUGUACAUACUUUGUACUAUGUCCAUCCGUCAAGUAAGUGUAAAACUGUU